UUUACAGCCUGAAAUGACAGCAGCGUCACCUGCAUCAACACCUGAGCCGCUUCAUAUUAUUUACCGUGCCCAUUGUAACUGCAUGCUUUUCGGUUGAACUUGUCAAAAUGGAGGAAGAGGAGCAGCUGCGCUCCUUCGUGUUCCUGAUGACUUACAUGCUGCUGAAGCGCAGGAGAGAUUUAAACAACGCAAACAUCCAGAGGCGUAAUGAGGUCCAGAGACGCGUCAGACAUCGGCAGCACUUCUUCCAGAGACAGAGGAGGAUGCUCAUGAUGAUGAUAGCACGAGGCAUCCGCUCCAACGUCCGCAUCCGCACACGUCCCUGGACCACCACUCAAAGCACUGAUUGGUGGGAGCGGGUGGUGAUGACAGAAUUCCAGCCGUCUGAUUGGCUGGAUAAGUUCCGUAUGAGCAGGGAGACGUUCUUCUACCUCUGUGACAAGCUGAGGCCUCGUCUGGCUCGCCAGGACACCAGCUUCCGCCGGGCGCUGCCGGUGGAGAAACGCGUAGCGGUGGCUCUGUGGCGCCUGGCAUCGAACAUCGAAUACCGCACCAUCAGCACCCUGUUCGGUGUGGGGAAGUCCACUGUGUGCAGGUGUGUUAGGGACAUGUGUCACGCCAUUGUGGCGCUCCUCAGCUCCACCUACCUGAAGUCCCCCAGUGAGCAGGAGCUGGAGGAUUCAGCCCAGCUCUUCCUGUCCAAAUGGGGCUUUCCUCACUGCGUUGCUGCCAUAGCAACCCUCCACACGGCCAUCAUCACCCCAUCAAACAACGCAUCUGACUACGCCAACCCCGCUGGCUGGCUCUCAGUGCUGUCUCAGGUGGCUGUCAGCGGCCGAGGGCAAUUCUGGGACGUAUGUGCCAGUUUCCCAGGUGGGACGGACCCAGCUGACAUCUUCCAGAACUCAUCGCUGUGGGCCACAGCUGCAGACGGUGGACUGUCACCUGCAACGACACCUGCCUUCAUGGGAAAACCGUUCAGGUAUGUGCUGCUGGGGGAGGCCUGCUACCCUCUCCAGAGCUGGCUGAUGAAGGCCUAUCCUGAGGAAAAGGGCAGGAGGGCCAGCCACGCAACACCGCCCGAGCCACAGCGGCUCUUUAACCGGCGGCUCACCCGGGCGUUGCGUGUGUCCGAGGAGGCGCUGAUGAGGUUGAGGGCACGCUGGCAGUGUCUGAGCAAGAGGAACGACUGCGGACUGGACGUGGUGCCCACCAUGAUUCUAGCCUCCAGAUCCCACGGGGACGCCUUCAAGGCAGAGUGGCAGGUGGAGGUGGCCGAGGCAGAGAGCCCUCAGCCCAGACACAAGCAACUUCCCUCCACCUGUAUCGACCAAAGCCAUGCUGAGGAGGUGCGGAGCCUCUUCUGUGACUAUUUUGAGCAGAAUAAUUAA